CAACUAAGUUUUAGGAACACAUUGGUGUAUUGUGUAGUUGUUGAUAUUUUGUUGAUUGACUUACGCCCGCACGAUUUCUGUUGUUUUGAAGCCGAUUAAAGCGGAAAUGAGCUUCACAAAACAGUAUGGUCUCAUUAUCCGCAAAGACAAACCAACAUUGAAGAAAGUUUUGAAUAAAAGUUCGAUAUUAAAACCUCGUCUUGCUGCGUUUGGUGGAGACUCCAGUGAGGAGGAAGACGGACAUAAAGAUGUGAAUGCACAAAUUCAUAAAGAAGCUAUGAAGAAAAUUGUCAAAAAACAGACAAAAAUUGAGAUACAAAAAGCUAUGGAACAAGAUGCAACAGUUUACGAAUACGACAGCAUAUACGAUGAUAUGAAACAAAAAAAUGCCAUCAAGAAUACACCUGCUGCUGUUGUGUCUGCUGAUAAACAAAAAGCUCCGAAAUACAUCGGGCAACUGAUGAAAGCUGCGGAGUCUCGAGCUCGUGAGAAGCAGAGAGUUGAAGAGAGGAAGAUUGAAAGGGAGCGUAAGAUGGAGGGAGAUCAGUUCAGUGAUAAACCUGCGUUCGUAACAUCCGCUUAUAAGAAGAGGAUGGAAGAGAGACAGCAGGAAGAAGAAGAAGAAAGAAGGAUGGCAGCCAUUGAAGAUGCAAUGGAUGUGAAGAAACAAAGAGAUCUUAGUGGUUUUUAUAAACAUUUGUUGAACCGACAAGUUGGUGAAACAAGUGUUAAAAAAGAACCACCAAGUGAACCAGAAGUUCCUGCAACAACCUCAGAUCCUCCACCAGAUAAUGAUGAAGAUGCGGACACAGAUAUAUCAUUCUCAGAUUCGGAUGAAGAGGAAGGAUCUUCAGGGGAGGAACAAAAGAAAAGGGGAGACCGAGAAAGGAGGAAAAAUGAUGAAAAAAAUCGUUCUAGGGAUGAGAAGAGAGACUCAAGAGAUCUGGACUAUAGGGAGAGAUCCAAGGAUCAGAAACGGACUUCAAAGAAGGAUAAGGAGGACUCUGUAGAGAAAGAGAGAAGAUCUAGUGAUCAAAAGGAAUCCAGAAGUCGUAAAGAGGAAUCUCGACAUCGAAAUCGUAGAGAGGACUCUAGGGAGGAAGAAAGGACCUCUUCUUCAAGGAGGAAGCAUCGAGAUCCAACUCCGGAUAAUAAGAGAAGAGAAGGAGAAAGGAGUUCUAUUAACCAACAUGAAGAAGGCAAAAGUAAAAGAGAUAACGAGAGAGGACGUGAAGAAAAGAGUAAUUCAGAAUCGAAUAAACGAAGCAGGGAUGAUAAAAAAGACAAUAAGUUUAAAAUCACUGAUGAAGAAAAAAGUAAAACGAAUUCUACAAAGUUUGUAAAACAUUCAACAACAGAUACAGUGUUGUCUGCAAAAGAACGAUAUCUUGCUCGUAAAAAGGCAGCAAGUUCUGCUUCUGUUGUCGAUUCAGAUUGAUUUUAUACAAAGUUUAAACAAAUACAACAAUACAAAAGUCUGUUUUAA